AUGAUUAGAAGGAGCAUAUCGCAAAUCUGCAGAAGGAGCUGGAGCCAAAUAAACCGCACCAACGCAGCACUAAGCCCGCGAAAUCAUCAUCGCCAUCUUCAUCAUCGUUAUCAACUUCACACCUCGUCGAUACUAAGCCACGGCCACCUCCAUAAGCCCAAACCGGGUGAAGAGCUCCACGUGACAUUCAUAACCAAGGACGGCAAGCAGCACAAAUACGAAGUCGCAGAGGGGGACAACAUCUUGGAUAUCGCGCAAGCUAACAAUUUGGACAUGGAGGGCGCCUGUGGCGGUUCGUGUGCCUGUUCCACAUGCCACAUUAUAGUCGACCCCGAAUACUAUGACGAGAUACCUGAGCCUGACGACGAUGAAAACGACAUGUUGGACUUGGCGUUUGGCUUGACGGAGACCAGUCGCUUGGGAUGCCAGGUUAAAAUGACGAAGGAGUUGGAUGGGUUGAGAGUUGCUUUGCCUGCUAUGACGAGGAAUCUACAAAGCAAGGACUUCAAUUAG